AUGAAAAGCUCGGCUCAGCGAAAGCCGAUGAUCGGCCAAUCAUUUAUAUAUGUUAAAUUGGCAGGUCAAAGUGAUUCUAAUUCUGUAAGAAUUAUGUUUCCACAUUCUCUAGAUUCCCUUAAAAAAUCUGUUAAUAGCGUUUUUCGUUUGAAAAGAGACAUCACUGCAUUUUUCGAUAGCCAAGGUAAAAUCAUCGAAACUAUCUCAGACAUCACUCCGAAAUCAACUAUUCUCGUUUCAACAAAGCCACUUCAGCCAAUUCAUCAACAAAUUUCUGACAAAACGAAGCAAACCAGACUUAUAUCAGAUGAUGAUGACGAUGUUAUUGUUCCACCAACAGAAGAUGAUGAUACUUUCACUUCUUCUGAAAUUCCGCAAAUUUUAAAGAAUCCUGAAAGAAACUUUGAAUUAAUAGAGUCAACAACACAGUACGAAACAGAUGCAGCAUCUGCUGCAGAAUAUCAAAAUCCAAAUAAGAGAACAGGCAAGUCAUUGAUUCCUGUUAGGCGCCAAGUAGUUGGUGGACAAAAUAAACCAAGAACUACAGAUGUUGAUGAUGAAAUUUUGCAAAGACAACUUUCAUCAGAUGAUUUAGCUUCAAACCCUGAAUUUGAUUCAGAACAAGAAGAGGAAGAAGAUCAAGAGUAUCAAGAAAACCAGACAGAUGAUGAAUCAGAUCUUCAAAGUCUCAAUCCAGAAGAAACGAUUUUAUCAAAGAAUAGAAAGCUCAUUACUUCUGAUCAAAUCAACGAUUCAGAGAUAGAAAUGGCUACAAAACAUGAUGAAAAUGAAAAUGAAGAAGAGGAAGAAGAAAAUACACAAAAUAAUGAAAAUAAUACAGAAGAGGAAACAGAGAAUGAGGAUGAGGAUGCUACAUUAUACUCAGUUGUUGAAGAACUCAUUGGUCCUGAAUACAAAUCUUCUGUUGAAAAAGCAAUUUCAGCUUUUCCUCCAAAAGCCGCAAAAUUCUUUAAUUCAUGUCUCAACGUUGAACAAUUACAAGAUAUCAGAUACAUAAAUCAGAUUAAAGCUAUUCUUGAACGCGAAUCUUUCACUAAGAAAGAUGAAAUUAUCAAAUACGAAGAAGAAAUUAAUGAAGCUGUUAAAAACUUCAUUGAUUCACACAGAAACCUUCAUAAAUUCGGUAACACAUACAAUUUCCAAGCUCUUUUGUUCGGACCACAUAAUUCGGGUAAAACUACAUAUUUGGCCAGGUUUAUCAAUUAUCUUGCCUUAGAGUUAGCAAUUACAGGAGAUAGACAUCAUUACUUUUUAUUCAUUGCUAAUAUGAGAAUGUCCGCAUUAGCUGCAACAGAUCUUGCUGAAUUCUUCAAAUGGAUGAUUACUCAUACAUUCUUAUUACUUGAAGCUCAAUCUCCUUUCUACAAGCAAUGGUAUCCAGAACUAAUUAAAUCUUUCCAUUCAAUUGUUAUCCAGAAAAGCGCCGCAGCUUUGCCAAGGAGAUUCCUGAAAGAAUGCGAAGACAGAGAACUCGUUUCUAAGCUCAAAGACCUAUUCGGUGAACUAAAAGAGUUCUGGGCAAAUCAUGAUUAUUUCCCACAAUGGCGUGGCAACGUUUUGAACUUUCCGAAUGCAAUUUCUAAAGCGUUUGGCUUCGAUUCCGUCAUCUUCAUUGUCGAUCAUUUCGAUUCUUGCAGCUUAGAAGUAAACGGAGGUGAUAUAUUCGAAGGUGCAAAGAGUGAAUCAUUCAGUGAAUAUUUCUUGAAAGUUAUGACUUAUUCACCAUUUAUCAUCGCUUCUUCUGAACCUUUUGUUGAUGAUAAAAGUGUUGAAGUAUUUAGUCUUUGCGAUAUUAUCAAAGCUCCUGAAGAUAAUUACUCCGUUAACAUUCAUUUCGAAGAUGAUAACAUCGGAAAACUCGUUAUCAAUAGUGGAAGUACUGGAGGAAUUCCUCACUUCCAACAGAAAUGGGAUGUUUUGAUGGAAAAGUUUGAUGUUUUGGAUAAAGCGAAUGAAGAUGAUGAUGAGGAUGCGGCUGAGGAGGCGAUGGCAGAUGUCGUGAUGGCUGCUGAAACAUACCUAUGCAUUGCAUUCUCUAUUGGUGGAUCUUCCAGUUUUACUGUUUCUAAUGUUGUAAGAAAAAAGAGCAAAUAG